AUUUUAUUUAAUCAUGUACCUUUCAGCAAGAACAUAAGGAAGACUAGCUAACUUAAUAAUCACAAUUGCAGAAGGAGAAAAGAAAACAGAAAUGGUGCGUUAAGUGUUAGCAGAAUAAAAGAUGUUUGAACCAUAUACUGCUUUUAGAAGAUUAGACUAAUUGAGAACAGGUGAAUUAACAGUGUCAGACAUUGAAGAAUUCUUGGGAGAUAAUAAAAUUUAUCCAAGCAAAGCUUAAUCUGAUUAUCUAUUUAGAAGACUUGAUCUAAAUAGAGAUGGAAGAAUCACUUAUCCUGAGUAUAAUAUAUAGAAUUAUGAUUAGCUUCGUUAAAGCCAUUUUACCUAAAGAAGAUUCUAGAUUAAGAUAAAUAGCAUCCCUAAGAGACAGUUAUUACAUUGAAGUUAAUAUGCUUUUGCCAACAGAAGUAGAGUGGGGACUUUCUAGAGUAUUCUAAUAAGAAAUAUAAAACUAUAAGUAUUAUUUUAAGUUAAAAUAUUAAGUUCAAUAACUGCUGCUUAAGAGAUAUUAACAGCUAGUGCAGAUUUUACAUCUUUAGAUGCAUUUAGAUGUAUUGAUCAAGUAUAUUUAGGAUAUAUUACAAUUGAUACGUAUUUAAUUUAUAAUGAUUUUAGUUUAUAAGAUUUUUUAAGAUAAAAUGGUGCUAAAUUAUCAUAUGAUGAAUUAACUGCCUUUUUUAGGGUUGUUGAUUCAGAUGAAGAUGGAAGAAUAACUUAUUCAGAAUUAUUAGAAGCUUUAACAUUUGUUCCUGAUUUCUUUUAAUAAGAAAGAUAAAUAGCUAAUGAAUUAAGAAGAAGUAGAGAGAGAAUUAUUUAAAUAGAAAGAGAGAGAGAAGUCUUAGAAGAUUUAAAGAAAAGUAGAGAGAGAGUAGAAGAACUUAGAAGAAGUCGUGAAAGAUUAGAAUAUAUGUAGGAUUUGAAAAGAAGUAGAGAAAAGAUUGAGUAAUUAGAUGAAUUAAGAAGAAGUAGAGAAAGAUUAGAAGAUCUUAGAAAAAGUAGAGAAAGAUUAGAAGAUUUAAAAAAAAGUCGUGAAAGAUUAAAUUAAUUAGAAGAAUUAAAAAGAAGUAGAUAAAGAUUGGAAGAANUAAAAGACAAAGAGUUUUUUGAGCAUUAACAUAUCUAUAAAUUAAACAGUUAAAAUUAAUAAGAUUCUGAAUUUAUCUUUUAGUGA